AUGUACGGCGGGACUAGCGGCAUUGGCACUACAUACGGCGGCGGUCUCUGGUCAGACUCCAUGCGCCGCGGCGGGUUCCGUCCGGGUCUUGAGCACACCGCACCAUCGCGCUCUACUCAUUCUAAGGCGUUCGAAGAUUUGAGGAGGGACGCGGAGAAAUCAGAUCGGCAAUUCAAGAUAUUUGUAGCAGCAUUCGUUGCGUUGUGUUUCGGGCUUUUCGUAUGGGGCAUGCUCGCUACGAGCGAGGAUGAAACUGAGGGUGGGAACACGAGCGGGAAAAUGAAGACUAACAACAGCAGCAGAGGUUGGACCCUCUGGAUUCCCUUAGGCCCGCUUUGGAUUGGCUACGGGUCGGAAGGUUUUCAGUGGAGCUUUCAGCUGAGCUUUCAGUUCUCUUUUUAG